AAAUCUAUAAAUCGUUCCAUUUUCAUUUUCUUUUUUGCAGGCGCUAAGAUGAGAUUGGAGGAGGAUUUAGUGAUUCGUAGGAGCAGACCAACGAUGAUUUCGGCAAAGUAUCGUGCGAGAGAGGAACGUCGUCGACUUCUUAAAAUAUCAGCUGGAAAAUUACGUAGAAUCGAAGAUCCCGAAGCGAGUUUGUGCAGAUCGGUUCUAAUAAACAAUGCAGUUAGACGAUUGCAGCGUGAAAACCGGGACGAGAAGACUAGAAACUAUGGUCUUCCGGUGGUCACGUAUUUGAAUGACUCGACGAAGGAGAAUAAUGUUUCCAGUAAUCUUAUCAUCGACGAUGACACUAACUCGAGAAAGAGGCUAGCCGAUGAUACGAGAAAUGACGGGCUUAGUACGAAACGUCAAAGGCACGACGAGUUGGAUCUACAAGACGAUGUUUUCAGCGACUUUUACAUCCUACCCCCAACCCCUCGAUUACUUUCUCAUAUCGAUGAUGUUCACGACGCGGAAUCGGCUCAUCAUCAUUUGGUCUAUACGGAGGAUCGUUUGGGUGGUACAGUCGACGUACGUGGUCCAACGAACAUGGUUGAUCAUACGUCUACGGCGAACGUAACGUCAACGACAACACCAACGAUACAAGCGGCAUCGCCAACGGCAACGACGACGAUGACGCCAAACAUCAACACAAAUACCUGCAACAACUCUGUCCUCUUCCCAGCUGACCUGGAUGACCCCAGUACUCAAUUGGAAAGCAGAUCAACGGACGUAGGCAUGAUGGAAGUCGCUGAUGUAGUUGGUUGCGAUCCUGACAGGAUCUGUGACUUUGCUAGGUUCGCAGAUUCAGCGAAAACGUUGGAGGAACGAUUGGUCGAGUUGCAAUCGCUCGAUGAACAUUUUGACUUGGCCAAAUUUGAAAGGAACAACAAUCAGAGCUGUGGCAGAGCUUUCCACGAUAUCCAAACUUUCCACAGCCUCGUACCAGGUUUGGAAACCUAGAGAAAAGUGAUACGCCAUGAGCAUCCAUUCCUUGUCGCUUCUAAAUCGUUUUAUGAUCAUAUAAACAAGAAAAAAAAGAAGAAUAACAAGAAGAAUAAUAAUAACAACAACAACAACAACAACAACAACAAUAACAACAACAGCAAUUAUAACAAUAGCAACGAUAAUAACGAUGAUGGCGAUGAGGACGAUGAUAAUGAUGAUAAUUGUAAUAAUAAUAAUAAUAACGAUGAUAACGAUGAUAAUGAUGAUUAUGAAAAUAAUGAUGAUUAUGAUAACAGUAAUGCUGGCUUCGAUAAAGGUGAAGACGCGAAUGAGCAAGCGGGUCUUCGCUUUCGCGGCACGCACAAUGAACCACCAAGAGGAUGAACCUAAAAACGUGGCAAAACAUAAUCUAGAAAGUCAACGAUUAGAAAGAAUAAUCGUUGCUCGUAUAUCAUUACCGUUGAACGAUCGAUAUAUAGGUGCAUAAAAUAAAAAAAAGAAAAAAAAAAGAAAAAAAAAUACAAGAAAGGAGAAAAAUAAAGAAAAAGAUGGACUACUCGAGAUUAAGAUUUUUGCAUCGAAUCGAGCUUCUUUCUUGCGGGAAAAUUUGAGAAAGAGAAAAAGAAAAAGAAAAAGAAAAAGAAAAAAAGAGAGAGAAAGAGACUCUUCUUUGUUCUCUUUGUAGUAUCGCGAGAAGGAACUGGAGUUGGAAAAAAAAGAAAUAAAUUUCGAAUUCGACUCUCGUUUGAUCUUCUCAAUUUUUUUUUUCUUUCUUUUCUUCUUUUCUCUUUUUCCUUUCUUUCUUAUUUCCAAUACUCGAGAGACGAGAAACGGAGAAGCUCCAAGAGAAAGGGGGAAGGGAAAGGAUGAGUAUUUAUUCGUUCCAAGUUGGCAACGAAAAUUGAUUUCUUAUCAUGGACGAAUAAUUAUCGGUAACAUAGAAAUUUGUUAAAUAGUGCUAGCGAAGUGUGAAAAAAUGACUACGACGAUGACGACGACAACAAUAACAACAACAAUAAUAACAAUAAAAAAAA